AUGGCUUUCAGAGGAGCAAUCGCUCUCGGAAAACAAGCAAACACCUCCAUUUUCUCGGUCACUCCUCGCCAUCUCCGAACAGCUUAUGAUGCCUCUGCUUCAACAAUACCUUUGUUCAGAUCGAAAGCCCCUUUUCCUAAUCGUCAAUCGGGAGUGAAAUUCUUGAUUCGGGCCAUAAAUGGAACAGCUGCCGAUCCUCGAGGGGCUCCCAAUAAAGAAACUGUAGAAGACACAUGGGAGAAUUGGAAAAUUAAGAUGCUUUAUGACGGGGAGUGUCCACUCUGCAUGAAAGAAGUUAAUAUGUUGAGAGAGAGGAAUGAACGCUACCGAGCCAUCAAAUUCGUGGACAUAAGUUCGGAUGAAUACAGCCCUGAGGACAAUCAAGGCCUUGAUUACAAAACCGUAAUGGGCCGAAUUCAUGCGAUUCUUUCGGAUGGAACUGUUGUGAGAGAUGUUGAGGCAUUUAGAAGACUUUAUGAAGUGGUCGGUUUGGGAUGGGUCUACGCCAUUACAAAAUUUGAACCUAUUGCAAGCAUUGCCAAUGCUGUUUAUGGUCUUUGGGCUAAAUAUCGUCUCCAAAUUACAGGUCGACCACCUCUAGAAGAAGUUCUGGAGGCAAGGAGGAAAAAGGAAGAAAUUUGUGAUGAUAGCAAAGCUUGUAAAAUGUAG